CAGUCAUCGUUCAGUAGACCGCGCCUUGAAGAAGGUUUUAACUUUUAACACACCACUGCGAGGCUCCGACUGAACUGCCCCCUCAUUCUCGACCAUUUCUCAAGCAAAACCCCACCCGGACCUCCCAAAAACAAAAAUAAAAAUGCAAGACAAUAAACCCGAAAUCGCCACCAAAAACUCUAAGAAGGCCAAUCUCUCAGACCACCACUCUAUCAAGCAUAUCCUCGACGAGUCCGUCUCCGAGAUUGUAACGAGUCGUGGAUAUGUGGAAGACGUGAGGAUGAGCAAUAUACGAUUGUUGAUGGGCACGAUUAUAAUCAUCAUUGCUCUGGCGGCUCAGUUUUACAAGAAAAAGUUUCCUGAGAACAGGAAUUUUCUCAUCGGCUGAAUCUUAUUGUAUAUAGUCUUCAAUGGGUUAUUGCAGCUGAUCAUCUACACAAAGGAGAAGAAUGAAAUUCUGUGUACUUAUCCCCCUGUGGGAUCCUUUACCAGCACAGGCUUGGUGGUGUCUUCCAAGCUGCCGAGAUUUUCUGAUACGUACACACUUGGCAUAGUGAGUGCAGAUCCUAAAUCUAUUUCUGCAAAUCAACCAGUACAGUUAACCAAAAGUGUUACUCAAUGGUUCACAAAGGAUGGAGUUUUGGUGGAGGGUCUAUUCUGGAAAGAUGUUGAAGCAUUAAUUAAUGAAUAUGCAAAAGAACCAAAGAAGAGCAAGUGAAUUGAAGUUUCAGACAUUGUCUGAUCGGGCAUUGGUUCAGAACUCUAGUCAUGUUUUGACGUGAAUCAAGAUGUUCCUCAGUGAUAUCAUGGUUUUUGGUAUUGGGAGACAACCAAACAAAUUGAAUUAAAAUGGCCGUUUGUGGUGCAUGAGUCAGAUCGUUUUCACUAAACAGUUAUUUCUUUCUAGUUGAAAAUUUUACUUCCAAUCCAAUGCUGAGAAUGGAUCUAGAUAAGGAUCAUGCACAAUAGAGAAUGGAUCUAGAUAAGGAUCAUGCACAAUAGCUAGGCAGAUUUUUUGUUAGUAAAAUCGUACGCGUUCUUUCCA